AUGGGGAGACCAAAGAAACCACCAACAAAACUAGUACCUGUUGAAAAGAGGCCAAGAGGAAGACCUAGGAAAACUGCCCAAGCAGUAGGAGAUAAUCCUGCACCAGCUGAAGUUCAUGUUUCAUGUUUUGCCCCUGCAGCAACUAGUGCACAGCCCACUGCUAAAAGAGGAAGAGGAAGUGGCACUAGUGCAACAUAUAAAAGGCCUAGAGUAAUGGGAAUGGGUGUUUUCCAGGCAGAAAAUGGGUUCAAAGCUGUUAAUCCUGGCAUGUCAAGCAGCAGGAUUGUGUCAACUAGUAAAUCAAAUGUGACCAGUUCAGCAGAGGUAACUGGUGACAUUGGCUACAAGCCAAGUGCAAAUAGUAAGCUGAAAUGGAGAGGCAAUGAAGCAAUCACAACCAGGAAACUACAAGAGAUACAGGAGAAAAUGACAAAAGGUAGAGGUAAAUCAGCAAACCCAAGCCAAGAAAGCACCUGUUCACAGUCCAAGCAGCCAUGGAAAAUCUAAUUAUGAUGAAAACUGUCCCUGCAGUUCUUAAAUGUACACAUUUAUGGAUUGACAUUUUAGUAUUUUGUCUUGUUCGUUUAAUCAAAACAACAUU